UACAAAAGCUACGUACAGUGAGAACACGUCCUCUCACAAACGAAGGGCAAUGGAGAAAGAGAACCAGACACAGCAGGAGAAGAAACUAUGCAGGAGAUGCAAUCAAACCUAUACUCCUUCAUCUAAUACCCCUUCCUCAUGCCGCUUCCAUACUUCUUUCUUUGUCUGUCGCCGCCAUGACGACCAGAAAAGGUACUAUGAAUUGGGACCCAAUGAUCCGCCGUAUGCUGCCAAGUUCUAUGACUGUUGUGGGGCCGAGGACCCUGAGGCAUCUGGCUGCACCACUAGUUUCCACGUGUCUUAUGAUGAUGAUGAUUGAAAUUUCUCUCCUGUAACUCCUCAAUCUGUGACUAAUGUAGAAUAAAUUUAUAAAUCAGUUUACAUUCAAUGUCCUGAUAUCUUUCCAUAUGAUUGA